CUCAUUUGGACCUUUUUAAUUAUCAAAAUUUUGGGCUGUGUAAAAAAAAAAAAAAACGAAAUUCACUAAAUUGUAAAAGUUGGCUAAAUUUUGAUUAAAUGAGCGGCGGCGGUGGCGGUGGCGGUGGCUCUGUGGAACCAAAUCGGGGAACAGCGGUACAGGUUCAAAGUUUCUGGCAGGAGUUUCGUUGGCAGAACUGUGGCUUGCAGCACAGCAAUCCAAAGGACUUUGCACGUUCGCAAUGGCAACGAGAGGACAAGUGCCGCUGGUACCUCAUCUAUCGCUGGCUGCUGGCCCUCUUCUUCAAUACGGGCGUUGUCACAUGCAUCGCGAAGUAUUUCUGGAGGGGCCGCUGGUUUCUCUAUCUAACCAAUUGGGCGUUUUUAUUGUGCGGCUUUACCAGCGCUUUCGGUGCGGUGAUUGUCUCACUCUUUCAAAGGAGUCCUGAAAAACUGGUCACCCGCACAGGGCUACUGAAAAUUUACUGGGCCUCCUACUGGACGAACUUGGUGGUAGCGAACGUCGUCGGUUUGGUCUACUGGUCCUGCAUUUAUCCCCGAGAUCGCUCGCUCGCGAAUAUAACGCGUGUCGAUAACGCCUAUAAUUUGUGGACCCAUGCCUUGCCGUCCCUUAUCUUUGGCUUGGAUCUUAUGCUGGUUGCGUUUCCUGCCCGCCUAAUGCACUUCAUCUAUCCACUAAGCUUAGCGCUCGCCUAUGCUAGCUUCACCUAUAUCUAUUAUAUAUCCGGCGGCUUGGAUCCACGAGGUCGUCACUAUCUAUACAACAUUAUGGAUUGGGAAAGGCCACGACUGGCGUUACUCUCUACCACGCUGAUAUCCAUGCUUUUUGUUGUAUGCUCGACUCUGCAAUUUGGAAUGUAUCGUAUAAGGAGGUACCUAGCGUUCAAGAUUACUAAACUGGAAUAACAUUUAUAAUUUUCAAAUAAGUUAUUUAUUUGGAAAUUCAUUAAAAUCACCUCCUAGCCCGAAGGUUAUAAACUCAAGUCCUCUCUGAAAAUAUAUAUACUGCACAAUA